GAUAAGCCCAUACAGAACAUUCUGGACACUCCCAAGAAAACCACCUACGAUACAUAAACUCAAACCCCAAUUCUCUGCAGAUUACAGUACCAUUCAACACCAAGAUCAAAAAUGGCGGAUGGCAUAUUUGGGUACCCCUUCAGGCGAUUCUUUUUUAGCCCCCCAAUCUUCAGGGAGCGGUCCGGAUCAGUGGCUCUGAUGGAUUGGCUUGAAUCCCCAAAUGCCCACAUCUUCAAGAUCAAUGUCCCAGGAUACAGCAAAGAUGAGAUUAAGGUACAGGUAGAAGAUGGGAACGUGUUGCACAUUAAAGGAGAGGGGGUUAAAGAGGAGUCCCAUGCUAAGGACGCUGUUUGGCAUGUAGCUGAGAGAGGAACUGGGAAAGGAGAAUUUUCUCGGGAAAUUGAAUUGCCAGAAAAUGUGAAGGUGGAUCAGAUCAAGGCUCAAGUUGAGAAUGGAGUGCUCACUAUUGUUGUCCCAAAGGAUACAACUCCAAAACCAUCUAAAGUCCGGAAUGUUAAUAUCACUAGCAAACUUUGAAAGUUUGGAAAUAAGUGAGCAAUGUUCUGUGCUGCUACUGCUAGUCUGCUAGGCGCUAGGUACUAGGUGCUAGCAGCGGAAGAUGUGUUGUAAAGCAAAGCUAAAAUAAAUAGACCAUGUCUCCCAUGUGUUUCUUGUUGAAUAAACUCGGCAGUUUUUAGUACAAAUUAAUGUGGAAGGUGUUA